GUAUAGAAAAUUACCGGCGAGCAGAACAAACAAUUUUUCCCUAUUGCGACGCAGCCGAGAAACAAACAGUUACUAAUAGUGCAGCGCUUGGAGAGCAACACGCCACCCAAAAAUGUCUGAAGAAAACGGAGCUGGAAAUGCACUUAAAAUUGCUGGUGCUGUCAUCCUGCCGAAUCUGGGCGGUCUGCUCGGCGGCUACGUGACACGAAAAAAUCUCAAGAAUUGGUAUGCGAAUCUAAACUUUCCCACGUUCAGGCCGCCCAACUGGGUGUUUGCACCGAUGUGGACAUCCCUGUAUGCCGGCAUGGGCUACGCAUCUUACCUGGUGUGGCGCGAUGGAGGCGGCUUCCAUGGUGAUGCCCAAUUGCCGUUGGUUGCGUAUGGCACACAGUUGGCUUUGAACUGGGCGUGGACACCGAUAUUCUUUGGCAAUCAUAACAUCAAGGGCGGGCUUAUUGAAAUUAUUGCGCUGACAGCGGCGGCUGGUGCCUGUGGUGCGAUGUUCUAUCGGGUCAAUAAGACGGCCGGUCUUAUUUUUGUUCCCUACAUGGCCUGGCUGGGAUUUGCCACUGCCUUGAAUUAUGCCAUGUGGAAACUUAACCCGAAGCCGGAGAAGGCUGAGCAAAAACCGGAACAUUCUAGCUAAACCCAAUGGGUUAAUUAAUUGCUUUUUUGCAUUUUUUAAUUUGUUUAUUUUUCAAUAAAAAAAUGUCACAAAAUAAAAACGUAUCGGCGUUAUCGAUAAACUGUAAAGCUGCGUGCGCAGUUGAAUGUCAA